UUGCAAGAAGAAAGAAUGAUGGAAGAAGAAAGGAAGAAGGAGGAAGAAAGGAGAAGGAACAUGUUGGAAGAGAUGGCCAGACGUCAGCAAGAAGAAAGGACGAGCACUGUGAUGGCAGCAUCUGGCCCCGAGGCGGCAGUAUCCGGCACCGAGCCAGCAGCAUUUGCUGCGGCGAACACAGUCACCACUGCGGCGAACAAAGUCACCACAGCGGCGAACCCAGUCACCACUGCGGCGAACAAAGUCACCUCUGCGGCGAACACAGUCACCGCUGCGGCGAGCAAAGUCACCUCUGCGGCGAACACAGUCACCGCUGCGGCGAGCAAAGUCACCUCUGCGGCGAACACAGUCACCUCUGCGGCGAACACAGUCACCGCUGCGGCGAACAAAGCCUCCGCUGCGGCGAACACAGUUGCCGCUGUGGCAAACACAGUCGCUGCUGUGGUGAACAAAGUCGCCCCUGCAGCGACCACAGUCACCACUGUGGCGAAUGAAGUCACCGCUGUGGCGAACACAGUCAAAACUGUGGCGAACACCGUCACCACUGCGGCAAACAAAGUCACCGCUGUGGCGAACACAGUCAAAACUGCGGCGAACACAGUCACCACUGCGGCAAACAAAGUCACCACUGUGGCGAACAAAGUCAACCCUGCGACGAACAAAGUCACCUCUGCAGCGAACACAGUCACCUCUGCGGCGAACACAGUCACCAUUGCAGCGAACACAGUUGCCGCUUUGGCAAACACAGUCACCGCUGCGGCAAACACAGUCACCACUGCAGCGAACACAAUCGCUGCUGUGGCGAACACAGACACAGUCACCACUGCGGCGAACACAGUCGCCGCUGUGGCGACCAAACUCACCACUGCGGCGACCAAACUCACCACUGCGGCGAACACAGUCACCACUGCGGCGAACAAAGUCACCACUGCGGCGAACACAGUCACCGCUGUGGCAACCAAACUCACCACUGCGGCGAACAAAGUCACCUCUGCGGCGAACACAGUCACCACCACUGCGGCAAACAAAGUCACCUCUGCGGCGAGCAAAGUCUCCGCUGCGGCGAACAAAGUCUCCGCUGUGGCGAACACAGUCGCCGCUGGGGCAAACACAGUCACCGCUGCGGCGAACAACGUCACCACUGCGGUGACCACAGUCGCCGAUGUGGUGAACAAAGUCGCCCCUGCGGCGACCACAGUCACCACGGCGGCGAAUAAAGUCAUCGCUGCGGCGAACACAGUCAAAACUGCGGCGAACAAAGUCACUGCUGAGGCGAACACAGUCAGCGCUGCGGCAAACAAAGUCACCACUGCGGCGAACAAAUUCACCGCUGCGGCAAACAAAGUCACCACUGCGCCGAACACAGUCACCUCUGCGGCCACCACAGUCGCCACUUUGGCAAACACAGUCACCACUGCGGCGGACACAGUCGCCGCUUUGGCAAAUACAGUCACCACUGCGGCGAACACAGUCACCACUGCAGCGAACACAAUCGCCGCUGUGGCGAACACAGACACAGUCGCCACUGCGGCGAACACAGUCACCUCUGCAGCGAACACAGUCUCCACUGCAGCGAACACAGUCGCUGCUGCGGCGAACAAAGUCAGCACUGUGGCGAACACAGUCACCGCUGAGGCGAACACAGUCACCGCUGCGGUGAACAAAGUCACCGCUGCGGCGAACAAAUUCACCGCUGCGGCAAACAAAGUCACCACUGCGCCGAACACAGUCACCUCUGCGGCGACCACAGUCGCCACUUUGGCAAACACAGUCACCACUGCGGCGGACACAGUCGCCGCUUUGGCAAAUACAGUCACCACUGCGGCGAACACAGUCACCACUGCAGCGAACACAAUCGCCGCUGUGGCGAACACAGACACAGCCACCACUGCGGCGAACAAAGUCAGCUCUGCAGCGAACACAGUCUCCACUGCAGCGAACACAGUUGCUGCUGCGGCGAACAAAGUCAGCACUGUGGCGAACACAGUCACCGCUGAGGCGAACACAGGCACCGCUGCGGUGAACAAAGUCACCGCUGCGGCGAACAAAUUCACCGCUGCGGCAAACAAAGUCACCACUGCGCCGAACACAGUCACCUCUGCGGCGACCACAGUCGCCACUUUGGCAAACACAGUCACCACUGCGGCGGACACAGUCGCCGCUUUGGCAAAUACAGUCACCACUGCGGCGAACACAGUCACCACUGCAGCGAACACAAUCGCCGCUGUGGCGAACACAGACACAGUCACCACUGCGGCGAACACAGUCACCACUGCGGCGAACAAAGUCAGCUCUGCAGCGAACACAGUCUCCACUGCAGCGAACACAGUCGCUGCUGCGGCGAACAAAGUCAGCACUGUGGCGAACACAGUCACCGCUGAGGCGAACACAGUCACCGCUGCGGUGAACACAAUCGCUGCUGCGGUGAACACAGUCGCUGCUGCGGUGAACACAGGCACUGCUGAGGCGAACACAGUCACCGCUGCGGCGAACACAGUCACCGCUGCGGCGAACAAAGUUGUCACUGCGGCGAACACAGUCACCUCUGCGGCGAACACAGUCACCGCUGCGGCGAACACAGUCACCUCUGCGGCGAACACAGUCACCGCUGCGGCGAACACAGUCGCCGCUGAGGCGAACACAGUCACCGCUGCGGCGAACAAAGUCACCGCUGCGGCGGACACAGUCGCUGCUGCGGCGAACAAAGUCUCCACUGCGGCAAACACAGUCGCCGCUGCGGCGAACACAGUCGCCGCUGUGGUGAACAAAGUCGCCGCUGCGCCGAACACAGUCGCCGCUGUGGCGAGCGCAGUCUCCGCUGUGGCGAGCGCAGUCUCCGCUGUGGCGAGCACAGUCUCCGCUGUGGCGAGCACAGUCUCCGCUGUGGCGAGCACAGUCACCACUGUGGCGAACAGAGACACAGUAGCCGCUGCGGCGAACACAGACACAGUUGCCACUGUGGUGACCGCAGGGACCGCUGCGGCGAACGAAGUCACCGCUGUGGCAACCGCAGGGACCGCUGCGGCGAACGAAGUCACCGCUGUGGCGACCGCAGGGACCGCUGCGGCGAACGAAGUCACCGCUGUGGCGACCGCAGGGACCGCUGCGGCGAACGAAGUCACCGCUGUGGCGACCGCAGGGACCGCUGUGGCGAACACAGUCGCCGCUGUGGUGACCUUGGAGAACUCGGCGGAACAAGAGCAAGAGGGAAAAAGAAACACGGAAGAAGAAAGGCAAAGGAAAGAAGAAAAGAGAAGGCGGAUGUCCUCGCUCAGAGUUGAGGCCAUGUCGGGGCUGACAGCACCGGUACCCAUGGGACCAUGA